AUGACAACUGCCAGUAGAAUAAUUUGGCGUACAAUUCGUGUAUUUAAUUAUCCAAGAUGUUGUAUGUUAAACAACAACGUGACAUCAUUAUCAUCUUGUGUUAAAAUUAAUAAUAAAAAAAAUAUAAUAUUAACAUCAACAAGAUCAAUAAGUACAAGUAAAUAUUAUUACCAUGAAAAUGAUGUUAUUGAAGAAGAAGUUAAAGCUAAAAAAAAAAAAAUAUUUAUACCUAAAAUAACAUUAUUAUCAGAAAAAGAUGAAAUAUCAGUUAUGACACUUGAUGAAGCACAAAAAUUAGCUAAAAGAAGAGCAUUAAAAUUAAUAAAAAUUGUUGAUUUUGAUACUAAAACAGAAAGACCAAUUUAUAAAUUAAUGAAUAUUAGUGAUUUUAUUAAAGAAGAAAAUAAAGCUAAAGCUGAAGCUAAAGAAGUUAAAGAAAAUUCUAUAAAAGAAGAUAAAACAAUAACAGUAUCAAGUAAAAUUGGUGAUCAUGAUUUAAAUACUAAAAUUAAAAGUAUGCUUAAAAUGUUAGGUAAAAGACAUGGUAUUAGAGCUGUUAUAUCUGUUGAUGGAAGUCAAGAAAAAGCUGAUGAAGUAAGAAAUAAAAUAAUUGAAAGCUGUAAAGAAGUUGCUAAAGUUGUUACAAAAAGUGAUGCAGCACAUAAUUUUAAAGUAACAAUGCGUCCAAUUAUGCAAAAAGCCAAGGAUAAGGUAUUAAAUGAUGAAAAAUCUAAUGAACCAGAACAAAAAGAACAAGAAUAA